AAUUGUCAGUUACUCAUAAAAUUACGACGGAUUUUCUUAGGUAAUGUUAUAUAAAAUAAAGUAAGCAUAAGAAAUUUCAUAGUCUAACACGAGCGCCGGAAGCUUCAAAAUGAUUGCGGUAACGGGUGCAAACUACUAAAUUCUUUCAUCAUUAAUAAAAAAAAACGAAAGUCUUGAAAUAUUUUUUCAUAAAAUUAAUAUUUGGAUUGAUCGUAAUAAAAUAUUUAAGUAUUAACUAUAAAAGUGCUCGAUCAUUGUAUAAACGAAAAAUCUAUCAUUCUAAUCAGCUAUAUAAAGGAAAUGAAUUUAGGCGCGUUAAAUUAAAGUUGUCUAAAAGACCGUAAGAUGUCAAGUCGAUCGGUACCGCGAGCGAACAAAAGAACAGGAUUGGUCGCUUCGAAAGUAGUGCCAGACAUGUGUUUCGUUUCCCGCCUCGUGGGUUGUUAUUGUGUGGGGGCUCCGCCAGUCCGGUGAGUCGAGUGUAGAGAGCAUAGGGCCUAGGCCAGAAUCGAACCGCCGUUGGGUUGGCUCCUCGGUACGGUGGUGGCUCUGUCCGACUAGUGACCGACCGUGGUCCGUCCGUCAUAUUCCGGGUUUGAAAGCAAGGUUGCGACUAGUUGUUGCGACGCAGGAAGGUGUAGUGAUCUGUGUACAGAGCUACGAACGGGUCUGCCGGCCAUGGAGAAGCGGAUAGAACUCGAAAAACGGGGAAGAAACCCCGGUGAAAUCAAAGAACUUGUUCUUGACAAUUGCAGAAGUACACAUAUAGUUGGUCUAACAGAUGAAUUUGUUGCAUUAGAAUCACUAAGUCUCAUUAAUGUGGGUCUUACCAGUCUAAAAGGCUUUCCAAGACUAUCAAGUCUUAAAAAGUUGGAACUUAGCGACAACAGAAUUUCUGGAGGUUUAAAUCUUCUUCAAUCAAGUCCCAAAUUAACUCAUCUUAAUCUUAGUGGAAACAAGAUCAAAGAUCUUGAUACACUUCAACCUUUAAAAGAGUUUAAGAAUUUGAAAAAUCUUGAUCUUUUUAACAAUGAAGUGACAAACUUGGACAAUUAUAGAGAGAAAGUUUUUAGCCUUAUUCCCAGUCUUCGAUGUCUUGAUGGAUUUGACACAGAUGAUUGUGAAGUAGAUGAUAGUGAAGGGGAAGAUGAUGAAGUAAAUGGAAAUGAAGAUGGAGAUGGUGAUGCCAAUGAAGAAGAUAGUGAGGAAGUUUCAGAUGAAGAGGAUGAAGAAGAUUUUGAUGAUGGUGGUGUAGGAUUAGAAGCUGUAUACAAAGAUGGUCUUGAAGAUGAAAGUGAUGAAGAUGAUUUUCUUUGUGAUGAAGAAGAAGAAGAGGAUGACGAUGAUAAUGAAGAUGAUGAACAAGAUGAAGAAGAAGAAUCGUCUCCCGCUAGAGGUAAGAAGAGAAAACAUGAAGACGGUGGAGAUUCAGGGAAUUAGAACCAUAAAGAGCAGGCUUCUGAUACUGUUGAAUGAGUGUAAAAUUCAUAUAAAUAAUAAUAAUUGAGAUGUGACCAUCUGGGAAUCAAAUUAAUUGACCGACCAAUGACAGACUACAGUUAGUGGUGUGAAUAUAUCAUUAAAUCAUUGACUGACAAAUUGUCUGUGGGAUAACAAAAAAAUACCAUUGAAGAGGAAUGUGAAUGAAAAUGAAAAAGAGGAUAAUGAUGGCAUAAAAUAGGACUGCAUUCCAGCUGGACACAGCGCGUUUUAGUUAUACUAACGAUAUUUUAUAUAGAGUAUAUAGUUAGAAUAUUAGUGGUGUUGCAUAGUGGGUGAAAGAUCAGAUAUUGAAAGACUCGGAAAAAAGCAACAGUGAAGUUUUACACUUGAAGGAGCAUAUUUGUCUGUUAGCUCCAGUCGGCCAAAGGCUGGUCACGCUGGAAUGCAGUCAUCGUUAAUCAGUACUAAGGUUACAUAAGUUACAUUUUAAAUACAUUAUUAUUGUACCAUGAAUAAGUAUAGAGUAAAUGAGGAACAACUUUUGUACAGGUUUACACCAUACAUUGAGGUGCAUUAUGCCUCUGUGAUUUUUGGGACAGAAAAUAAAGAGAUAAAUAUAUGUUGCUCAUAUAUUGAGCUUAUAUCUAUGAAAGAUGUAUUAAGAUAGGAAUUUACAUCAUAAGAAUGAAAAAAUAAAAGAAGUUUCGUUUGUUAGAAUAAUAAUAUUUGAAAUGUAUAAUUGAUAUGAAAAAAAAAAAAAAAAACAAAUCAGUUUAACACAUAAAAAGUAUUUUAGUAUUUUCAA